UUCGCUUCGUCGCUGGCGACACGCGCGCGUUUUCCCAGCGAUUUUGGCCGUCUGAACGCGGCUCUACCGAUUUUAGUGUGUGUGGUCGCUUGCAAGUGCUGACGCAAGUGCUGAAAGUUUCUAGUUGAUCCGUGGAAUACCGGGGUUGCAUCACGAAUCGAGAAUGAAGAUGCCACUCGGUGUGCUUAGUCUGGCUUUGAUCGCCCUAAGCCAGAGCUACUUAGCCGGGGCCCAGGGCUACGACUAUCCCCAGCCCAAGGUGCCCUUCACCGAUGGCUACUCCUACCCGCAGCCAGCGAUCCCCUUCCCGCCGCCAGCUCCCAAGGUGGUGUCCAGUGGAUACUCCUACCCUAAGCCGUCGAUUCCCUUCCCGCCGGAGCAGCCCAAGUACCAGCCCCCGGUUCAGCAGAUCAUUCCGCAGGAGCCCAAGCUGGUCAGCAGCGGAUACUCCUACCCCAAGCCUGCGGUUCCCUUCCCACCGCCACAGCCGAAGCAGCAGGGAUACGACUAUCCCAAGCCCGCCGUUCCAUUCCCACCACCGACGAACCCACCGCAGAAGUACCUGCCGCCCACGAAUCCGCCACCACAGCCAAAGUCGGGCUACGACUACCCGAAGCCAGCCAUUCCGUUCCCACCACCGACGGCUCCUCCCCAAAAGUACCUGCCUCCGGUGACAACCACUCAGGCUCCACCUCCGCCGCCGCCGCCACCGAAGUACCUGCCACCUCCACAGGUGAAGUCAGGCUAUGACUACCCCAAGCCGGCCAUUCCAUUCCCACCACCAGCUCCCACAAAGUAUCUGCCGCCCGUGGUGCCCACUACUCCACCCGCGCCCAAGUACAUUCCUCCACCAACUCCCGCCUACAUUCCGCCGCAGCCCAAGUCGGGCUACGACUAUCCCAAGCCCGCUAUUCCCUUCCCACCACCAACCGCUCCUCCCCAGAAAUAUCUGCCUCCAGUGACCACUACUCCUGCACCUCCUCCGCCACCGCCUCCGAAGUAUCUGCCACCUCCCCAGGUGAAGUCAGGCUAUGACUACCCUAAGCCAGCUAUUCCCUUCCCACCACCAACGGCUCCGCCACAAAAGUACUUGCCUCCGGUGACCACUACUCCUGCACCUCCUCCGCCACCGAAGUACCAGCCUCCUCCCCAGGUUAAGCAGGGCUACGAUUACCCCAAACCCGCCAUUCCAUUCCCACCACCCACGAACCCACCACAGAAGUACCUUCCACCUGUUGUGGUCACUCUGCCACCGCAGCCUAAAUACUUGCCACCUGUGAAGCCCACCAGCCCACCCCAGCCCAAGUACUUGCCGCCUCCCCAACCCAAGUCGGGUUAUGACUAUCCCAAGCCCGCCAUUCCAUUCCCACCACCGACGGCUCCUCCCCAGAAAUAUCUGCCACCUGUUGUGGUCACACCUCCGCCACAGACCAAGUACUUGCCACCUGUAAAGCCCACCAGCCCACCCCAGCCCAAAUAUCUGCCACCCCCGGCGCCCAAGUCGGGAUAUGACUAUCCCAAGCCAGCUAUUCCCUUCCCACCACCAACGGCUCCUCCCCAGAAGUACCUGCCUCCGGUGACAACCACUCAGGCUCCACCUCCGCCGCCGCCACCGAAGUACUUGCCACCUCCUCAGGUGAAGUCAGGCUAUGACUACCCCAAGCCAGCCAUUCCCUUCCCACCACCCACGGCUCCUCCGCAGAAGUAUCUGCCACCUGUGACCACUACACCAGCUCCGCCACCACCACCUCCACCCACGUACCUGCCACCUCCUCAGGUGAAGUCGGGCUAUGACUAUCCCAAGCCUGCCAUUCCCUUCCCACCACCAACGAAUCCGCCGCAGAAGUAUCUGCCACCUGUCGUGCCCACCAGUCCACCCACGCCCAAGUACUUGCCACCUCCUCAGGUGAAGCAGGGAUACGACUAUCCCAAGCCAGUCAUCCCAUUCCCUCCGCCCGCACCCAAGAUCGAUGGCUACUCCUACCCCAAGCCGGCGAUCGCCUUCAACUUCUGAGUCCCUGUAUCCUGAUCCUAAAUCCCGUUCCCAAAAUCCCAAAAUCCCGUAUACCCUUCAUCCCCCGCCCGG